AUGGCAUCCCUCUUCUCCAAGCUCAAGAACCCAUUCCCAUCAGCUCGCCAUUCCGCAAUGCCUCCAAUAGGCCUCUACUCGCAAGACGCCCUCGCGCUCGUCAAGCGCCACCUAGCCUGGCUCAACACGCCAACAUCACAAUGGUCACCAAAGCGCACACAAGCGCUCUCAGCAUACAAAGCCUGGAUCCAGCAGCACCAGGUCGUCAACGACCUCCUCCGCGUCCCAAGCGCCAUGUCAAUGUGCCACCUGAUCCGCAUCCUCGACGAUCUGGUCUUCGACAGCACCAUCCUGCACUACUUCCAGUUUGGCUGGCGUGAGCUCAACAAUGGCAGAAGCGGCCAGACAAUUGCGCUGUAUAGCGUCCGCAUGGCAUUGAUCGAAAUGGAUCCGACAUUGUUGGGCCAAGGUCGUCUUCUGAAUAGUGUGGUGAGCACACUCUUGCAUGAGAUGUGUCAUGCUUAUCUUUUCCUCUUCUCAUGCCAAGGCGUGUUCUGUGGUCGGCGGUCGUGCCUGGAGGGUAGCAGGCGUUACAACAAGGAGAUUGGGAGGACGGGACAUGGGGCGGCGUGGGAGCAGCUCGCGUGGGCGGUUGAGGACUUUGGGAAUGGGCUGAAAGUGUUGAGAGUGGAUUUGACUGUUGCGUAUGCGGUGUCGUUUGAAGAUGAGAAGCUGAAGGCGCAAGAGCAGGCCGUGGGACUAUGA